UGUUAUCUCCAGCACUGAGCUCAGCUUUAAAAGGAAAUUGCAAGACUCUAAUUCUGCCUGUCAGCUCCUGAUGAGACUCUGAUUAAAGAUAAAGCGAGAGGAGGACACCCGGAUGAAUCAAGGAAAAACUUGCAGAGGGAUAUUCACACAAACACUGCUUUUCCUGGACUCUAUUUUUUGAAGAUUUUGAUUUUAUUUAUAGCUUUGUACUGAACCUGCAUUUUAUGCAUCUGCUGUGAUUGCACACAUGUUCCUCACACCAGCUAAGAGAGAAAUGCUGUAAUGUUGUGCUUGAUUUGGACUUUCUUUGAGAGGAUUUAGGUUUCACCUGAUCAGCGUUCCUUUACUGUUUGAAUACAUUCUGAUCUUACCUCCUACCUUUCUGCCGCUCUUUUUUUCUCCUGAACAUUGUGCGCUGGUUAGUCACAUUAGCGACUGGGCAGACAUUUCUAACGGAGGCACAGUGCGUGAGGCUGGACUCUGAAUCGUUAGGGGAUCCUCAGACUUUGCGCCUCUGGGAGUUUGUCUUACCUGAUUCAACCAGAGGAGAGUGUCAUUAGAGUUUCCACAAUUGGGACGGCCGGCCAAAAGCCAGGAUGCAGGUGUCAUUAGUGUGCACGGAGCACCGCGGGGGAGUCAGCCGCACCACAGAGGAGCGGCUAAACCGCCAGAAUGCCAACAGCCCCAACACAGGCACCCGCAGCAAGUUCAGAGCCGUGGCCAUGGUGGCCCGCAGCCUGGGACAACUCUCUGUUCAGAGUGUGCCUACCUCCAGCGAGCAAAGCAUCAAGACUGGCAUGAAGUAUAGAAACCUUGGGAAGUCGGGCCUGCGGGUGUCCUGCCUUGGAUUAGGAACAUGGGUGACAUUCGGCGGACAGAUAACAGAUGAGAUGGCAGAGCAGCUACUGACUCUGGCCUAUGAAAAUGGCAUCAAUCUGUUUGACACAGCGGAGGUAUACGCUGCUGGGAAGGCAGAGGUGGUGCUCGGAAACAUCAUAAAAAAGAAAGGAUGGAGACGUUCAACUUUUGUGAUAACAACAAAAAUCUUCUGGGGUGGAAAAGCGGAGACUGAAAGAGGUUUAUCUCGAAAACACAUUAUAGAAGGUUUAAAAGCCUCUCUAGAAAGACUGCAGCUAGAAUAUGUGGAUGUGGUUUUUGCAAACAGACCGGACCCUAACACACCUAUGGAAGAAACGGUUCGAGCAAUGACCCAUGUGAUAAACCAGGGCAUGUCCAUGUACUGGGGAACCUCCCGCUGGAGCCCGAUGGAGAUAAUGGAAGCGUAUUCUGUGGCGAGACAAUUCAACCAGAUUCCUCCCAUCUGUGAGCAGGCUGAGUACCAUAUGUUCCAGAGAGAGAAGGUGGAGGUGCAGCUACCUGAGCUCUUCCAUAAGAUAGGGGUGGGGGCCAUGACGUGGUCGCCCCUGGCCUGUGGGAUCAUCUCAGGGAAAUAUGACGGCAGGGUGCCUCCCUACUCACGGGCCUCUCUGAAGGGUUACCAGUGGUUGAAGGACAAGAUCUUGAGCGAGGAGGGCCGGCGUCAGCAGGCGAAGUUGAAAGAGCUGCAGGCAAUCGCGGAGCGGCUGGGCUGCACUCUGCCCCAACUCGCCAUCGCGUGGUGCCUACGGAAUGAGGGGGUGAGCUGCGUCCUUUUAGGGGCGUCCAGCACCGAACAGCUGAUGGAGAACAUAGGAGCGAUACAGGUUCUUCCGAAGUUGUCAUCGUCCAUCACACACGAGGUGGACAGCAUCCUGGGGAACAAGCCGUACAGUAAAAAGGACUACCGCUCCUAACGCGCAGUGCCCUCCCCCCCCCCGGCAGGGCUGCACGGGAUGCAGCUACAGCGCCCCACGUUUGUCUGAUCCUCUCUUUGCUUGAGCUUUUACUGAGUGAGACCCUGGUGCAUGAGGCUGGCCACACCAAGGCCACCCAGGGCGCCUCUAGAGAGUUACAAGGAUAAGAUAAGAAAAGGGGGGGGGAGAAUACUGUCACAUCCACAGGAAAGGAAGAAAGACAAAGUGGAGGUUAGGGGUAUGCGCUCAUACUUAAAUCAGUUAUACAUUCAAUUCAGCUGAACGUAUUUUAAAACCUUAAAGAAAAAUACCUAUUAAAAAAAAAAAGCACACGCUUGCUUGGCAGCCAGAUUUAUUUUUUGUUCUAAAACUGAAUGCAACUAAAAGGAAGAUAAAGUUAAUAGGAAUAUACCAGAACUACUCUGUUGCACAUGUACCAUAGCCAUGCAUUUGUUCCUUGGACGUUCUGAUUACAAAACACCCGUGUACUGUACAGUUGGUCAAGGUUACUCUGAAAAAUCUUUUGUGUGUGUUGUCGACGUUGUCAGUGUACGAGCCUUCCCAUGGGCUUUAACAAUCAGCACUUUAGUAUUGUCAGUAUAGGUGUUGGAGGUGGAUGGAUGUUCUCAGGAGGGGAGAGGAUGCGUAUAACAAUAGUCUUAUCUCAGAGCCAUUGCACUAUAGAUUCAUCUCCUCCUGAUAAUCCACUCUCCUCCUCAUCCUCCCUUUGUGUCUUUACUGUCGGUACGUCGGUCCAGCCCGAUGCUCCGACUCUCCUGCUGUCUGAGUGUGUCGGCGGCGGCCUAGAUGAGGAGGGGGAAUGAGGCCCCUCCUCCGACUUUACCUGUGAAACGUCUGUGACGACGAGUCGGAGCACCUUGUCUGCCACUAAAGAAGAGAUUAGCUUUUCGUUCAUCCCUAUCAGUAGAAACUGCAGUCGCGUUAAAUCGAAUGCAGCGUCGUGCUUCACUGUGUCCUCUGGAAUCUGUUCUCUGUUUUCAGCCUGAGGAUUUACUGUGUAGGAAGAGGUCAUAUAUCAGUGCUGGCUCCACAUCUCAUGGAAACUUCUCCUUGACCACAUUUUGCUCAAGUGUUUUUGCCUUAUUUACAGUUAUAUCCAGACUCUGCUCUGGGCUCUGGCGUGCAAACAGCUGCCCUUUCAUGUCCCCAGUAAAUACUGUACGCUGACUGGUGGUGGUGGCAUUAGUUGGAGGCGGCGGUGGAGUGUCCGGUGAAUCAGUGCGUGGCAGCGGCUCAGGGAACAGAGCAGGCGGUUUUAGACGUGUGUUGGCAUGCACAUGGUCAGGAGGUUGUAUUUACUCGUCCGUCUUUCUUUCUCGUUCAGACACUAGGCAGGACCGGUGAACAUUUUGCGUGGCUUGAUCCAAAGAUCGUCCUCUUAUUCUUCUUCAUCUCUCUUUGAUGACACCCGAGGGUUUCACACUCACUUCCUGCAAGAUUAUAAAAGUCAUCUUGGCGCAUGUGCUGUCCAGCUUGUUAUCUAUCAACGGUAUGGACUUGACUCCAUAUAAAUAUAUAUAUUUACUUGAUCACACUGUUAUACUACAGUAGUUAACAAAUAUGUCCUUCAUAUACAGAAUGCAUAAGUACAGCUAACUGCUUUAGGAUUGGUAAGGUUUGUUUCAGACAACCUGAGAUGUGUCAGACAUAUUAUUGCAGAUUUUGACACGGCCCUAUAUCAUUGUUUCUCCUUUGGGUGCUCUCUUACUGUGAUUAAAGCACAAGUGGAUAGCAUGUUAACAUCCUCAAAGCAUGACCCCUGUUUCACCCAGCCUACAGCACCUACGGGACAAGUGAGGUGAUGUUACUCCGCUUACUAAAGACGUUUAGGUAACACAUCUUAACUAACUGCUGAUUAAUAUUGAUUCUUAGCAGAAAAAAUAAACACAUGAAGAAAACGGUCAUUUAAAUGCAAAUGAUGACUUGAAUGAAGUGGAAGUUAUUGUGCAGGAUUUGUGCGGACGAGGUCUGCUCCUCGAGUCCUCCUAGGUGAUUUUCAACAGCAACAAUGUGAUGUCUCUGCUGUUGAUCCUGUUUGUUUGUACGGGGGGGGGGGGGGG